AUGCACAGCACAAAUGGCAGCGCGCGAGGGUCGCCUGCCGUCGGGGCGUCAAGCAGUGCCAAGUCGAAAACUGCAACGACAUCUAACAAUCAGCAUGUUCCCUUGAGCUCCAUGCGCAGCACGCCGCUCGACCUGCGAUCUGUCGAGCGGAGAGGUCAGCCAACAGCAGGCAGAGAGAUCAUCAAGCGCAACAGACCGUACGGCUUACAGGAAGCCCCCACGUAUCAGCCUACUGAAGAGGAAUGGAAAGACCCGUUCGAGUACAUCCGAAAGAUCACCCCCGAGGCGCAAGAGUUUGGAAUAUGCAAAAUCAUCCCUCCUGAUAGCUGGAACCCCGAUUUCGCCAUUGAUACUGAAAAGUUUCACUUCCGGACCAGAAAACAGGAGCUCAACUCAUGCGAGGGCAGCACACGAGCCAAUCUGAGUUACCUGGAUGCUUUGGCAAAGUUUCACAAACAGCUCGGCACGAAUCUAAACCGUCUGCCAUAUGUGGACAAGAAACCGCUCGACCUGUAUCGGCUGAAAAAGGCCGUCGAGUCCAGAGGUGGCUUCGAGAAGGUCUGCAAGACCAAAAAAUGGGCCGAAAUUGGUAGAGAUUUGGGCUACAGUGGGAAGAUCAUGUCUUCCCUGUCGACGUCACUGAAAAACUCCUAUGACCGUUGGCUCAACCCAUACGAAAACUACCUUCGCCAAGCGAAACCUGGAGUCUACCAGCAGCUUGAGCAGGAAUACGGCGGCCCCUUGACCCCGAGCCCAGCACCGAGCCCAAUCAAACGGUCGGCAGUCAACACGCCCUCGAGCCUGAGAGCCGACUCGCCUGCUCUUCGACAGGCUACUGAUAAUCUACAAGCUGGUUUGAAUGGCACGCUGAAGCAGGAGAGCUCUGAUCGCGAUGUCGCAAUGACCGAUACACCACCCGCGCCUAGUGGUUUCACUGCAAUCAACACUUCUGGCUUCACAAGCGUCAAUAGACCCACGUCGACACCUACUUCACAACCGCCCACCUCUGCGCCCAAUCGGUCUGGUAGUCCCUUGCCUGCCCCCAACAGAGAUACGCCAGAGCAACGCUCGUCGGGCUUGGCCUCGGCCAGCAUUCUCAAACGCCAGCUCAGCACAGAAGGCUCGGAGUCCUCGAAACGAGAAGCUCCCCCGACGGAAAAGGAAAGUGCUGAGGCUGGCAGCCGUCGAAGCAAGCGGCUCAAGCAAGAGAACGUACCUACCGUCGCUGGCUCGCAUAUGUCCAUGCUACGGCCAAAUGCGCCACGUACGCAUCGCGACGACUCAUACAUCCCUGGCGAGAAGUGUGAGACUUGCGGUAAAGGCCAGGAGGCAGGCUAUCUUGCUGUUUGCGAGUCAUGCGACCACUGCUACCACGGCGGCUGCCUCGACCCUCCUCUGAAGGCCAAGCCAGAGAAUGAGUGGAAUUGUCCCCGAUGUCUGGUCGGAGAUGGUCAGUUUGGGUUUGAGGACGGAGGGCUAUACUCCUUGAAGCAGUUUCAGGAGAAAGCGGCCGACUUCAAGCAGGGCUAUUUUGAGAACCGGAUGCCUUUUGAUCCAGUUCUCAAUUGCCCACGCCCAGUCACCGAGGACGACGUUGAACGAGAGUUUUGGAAGCUCGUCACAAAUAUUGAGGAGACUCAUGAAGUCGAGUAUGGUGCCGAUAUCCACUGCACCACGCACGGCUCUGGAUUUCCGACUGCAGAGAGGAACCCACGCAACCCCUACUCGACCGACCCUUGGAACCUGAACAUUCUGCCCUUGCAUCCGGAGAGUCUCUUCAGACACAUCAAAACCGACAUAUCAGGGAUGACUGUCCCAUGGGUGUAUGUCGGUAUGAUCUUCUCCACUUUCUGUUGGCAUAAUGAAGACCACUACGCGUACUCGGCCAAUUAUCAGCAUUUCGGAGCCACAAAGACUUGGUACGGCAUUCCUGGAGCUGAUGCAGAGAAGUUCGAGAACGCCAUGAGGGAGGCCGUCCCGGAAUUGUUUGAGACGCAGCCCGAUCUGCUCUUCCAACUCGUCACGCUCUUAACGCCUGAGCAUCUCAAGAAAGCUGGUGUUCGGGUCUUCGCCCUUGACCAACGCGCCGGUCAAUUUGUUAUCACCUUUCCCCAGGCCUACCAUGCUGGGUUCAACCACGGAUUCAACUUCAAUGAAGCUGUCAACUUCGCCCCAAGCGACUGGGAACCUUGGGGUCUUGCGGGCGUGGAACGUCUGCAGCAGUUCCGACGACAAUCAUGCUUCUCACACGACGAAUUGCUAUGGACAGCGGCAGAGGGCGCCACCAGCGGACUGACUAUUCAAACAGCGAAGUGGCUCGCGCCCGCGCUCGAGAAGAUUUUCAAUCGCGAGAAGGAGCAGCGGCAAGCCUUGAUGGCCAGACAUGUUGCGGAGACGUGCGACCACUCCCACGAUGCUCCAGCCACGGACGACUCCAGUCCAAAGUGCCCAUUGACCUUUGAAAUCUCUGACCAAGAUGUCCCUGAAGAAGAGUACGGAUGCUCAUUCUGCAAGUCUUAUGCUUAUCUAUCGAGGUUCAAGUGCCUUCAGUCGGGCAAGGUUCUGUGUCUCGCGCACGCCGGGCAGCAUCCUUGCUGCGAUUUGCCAGAAGCCAAACGUUUUGCGGGCGACCAACACGUUCUCAUCUACCGCAAGACAAGAGAUGACCUCGAGGAGACCUAUCAGAGGGUGGUUGAGAAGGCGCAAGCGCCGGAGCUCUGGGAGGAUAAAUACGAGAAGUUGUUGGAGGAGGAAGCGACGCCUACUCUUAAGGCGUUGCGCACCCUGCUCAAUGAGGGUGAACGCAUCCCGUACGACCUCCCCUCUCUGCCAACGCUCAAGGAAUUCGUUGAUCGCUGUAACGAAUGGGUCGAAGAGGCGACUAAUUAUACGGUGCGCAAACAGCAAAACCGCCGUAAGAACGACAAGGUCUGGCAAAGCGGGCUGCGAAAGUCCAUUGGCAGCGCGGCACAAGAGCAGAAAGAACGCGAAAUUCGGAAUGUCGAUAAUAUCGACCGCCUGAUUGAGGAGGCCGACCGGAUAGGAUUCGACUGCCCCGAGAUCCAGCAAUUGCAAGAGCGGGCUGCUGCCAUCAAGAGCUUUCAGAAGAAUGCGGCACAUGUUCUGGAGCACUCUCUGAUCCAGAAUGAGGAAGGCAUUGAGGAGCUGAUGGAGGAAGGUCGCUCUUUCAACGUCGACAUCCCCGAAAUGGAGAAGCUUGGUCGGCUUCUCGAGCAGAUGCGGUGGACCUCAAAGGCCCGCGCUAGUCGGCCACUCCUCCUGACACUGAACGAUGUGCGCGAGCUUCUCGAUGAAGGCAAACGUCUCGACAUGCCUCCCUACAAUGACCACAUGAAGUGGUACAACGAAAAGUUCCAAGCAGGUCAGGCAUGGGAGGCAAAGGCCAAGGAGCUGAUUCAUGCCGAAACCGUCCACUACCCUCAGCUGGAAGCCCUAUCACAUCAGGUGCAGGGCAAUGGUCUGCCUGUCUCGCCCGACACGCUGACGGCGGUCGACCAAAUCCUGCACAAGCAACGAGAAGCCCACAAGCAGAUCCUUGAUCUCACCGAUCGGUCCAAGCUUGCUGAUUAUACCAAGAGGCCAAAGUACACCGAAGUGGCUGAGGUCAUGAAGAAGCUCGAAGACCUCAACUCCAAGCCUACUGGGACCCUCGACCUGGAAAAAGAACAGAAGCGCCAUGAGGACUGGAUGCGGAAAGGCAAAAAGCUCUUUGGAAAGACGAAUGCACCCCUGCAUAUCUUGAAGUCGCACAUGGACUACGUCCUGGAUCGCAAUCUUGACUGCUUCGAUAUUGUUAGUGACAAGCCCCGACUACCAGCCGAACCGGCGUCUAGAGCCGCAAGCGAGGAGGGCGAGCCCCAAAAGACUCAUCGGACGUGGGAUGAUCCAUCUUUCCGAGAAGUCUUUUGUAUCUGCCGCCGGAUCGAGGCCGGCAUGAUGAUUGAGUGUGAGCUUUGCCACGAGUGGUACCACGGAAAGUGUCUCAAGAUUGCCCGCGGGAAGCUGAAGGAAGACGAGAAAUAUACUUGUCCAAUCUGCGACUGGCGGAUCAAGAUUCCCCGGGACGCGGCGCGGCCGAAGCUGGAGGAUCUGAUGGCCUGGCAGGACGAGAUUGCUACUCUGCCUUUCCAGCCUGAGGAGGAAGAGACAUUGCGCAAGAUCAUUGACAAUGCUCAGGACUUCCGCAAUCAUAUUGCUGGAUUCUGCAACCCUGUCCUGGGGACCGCAUCGGAAGCCGACACGCAGCGUUUCUACCUUCGCAAGAUCGAGGGAGCCGAGAUUCUACUGUCUUACGAAACAAACUUUUUUCGUCAGGAGCUACACAAGUGGAGUCCAGUUGCACCGGAACCUCCCCCGGUCCUCGAGGUGUCGAAGAGCACACGCAAGCCCCGGCCGACCAAGUUGCAGCGUAUGCUUGCGCAGUAUGGUGUUGAAGACCCGGAGGACUUGCCAGAAAAUUUGAAGAGCAAGGCUAAUAGCCUCAAGCGCAAGGCUCUCAAUGCCGAAGCCGCCGCAGCUGCCGCUGCGCAACCUUCCCCAAAUGGGGCCUUUGGACCUUCAUCGGGUAGCCCAUCGACACCUUCGUACGAUGGACGCAAUACCUUCAUGUCCCGCAAUCCUCAUUCAGCUCCCGGCACAAUCCAUAAACUCCCCCACCGCGAGUCUGACGCUUCAUCUGUCGGGCGGCCAGGAUCGUCCUUACGCCGAGAAAGUAUGGACAAUCCUGGUGGUGGUUCUCUGCAUCCUGGAUUCCUCUCCCCGGGCGGCGCAAAUGGUCCUAGCCCACGACUUGUGGCUCCUGACUCUGCGUUAUCCCUGGAGGACAGACUUCUGCGGGGCCAAGAUGACGGGUCUAGCUUGCCCAGUGAAGCGGAGAAGGAGCGAGCUUUAGAGAUUCUCGGUAGCACGGAAGAAGGCCGAAAGCGAGCAGAAGAAAUCUUCGGCCGUGAUGUCUGGGACAAGAACCGGAAAGGAACAUUCGGACGGGGUGCAUCUACUGAGCAAACGCAGGAAGACGACAAGAACGUCGACAUCAUGUUCAACGAUCUGAUCAACGGAGACGACGACGACAGGCGCGAGCGCGACCGUGUCGUGACAGCAGACAGUUUGGAGGCCGAGCGGAAUGCCAUGGACAUGGAGGACUCGGAUUAG